AUGGAAGGACGAUGCCAAUGCUCCCAGGUCCGCUUUACCACUCCGCUGCCGAGGCCGCUUCAAAUCUACAUCUGCCACUGCACAGAAUGCCGACAUCAAUCUUCGUCCUCGUACGGUCUGACUACCAUCUUUCCCCAGUUCGACAUUCCGGCGCCUCAAGCAGAUAGUGACAGCCCAGAUGCCACUCCGCCAGCGGGGAUAGGCUCGUACACGCGGCCCACUUUGUCCGGCAGGCAGCUUGAAUGCUUGUUUUGCAAAAAUUGCGGAUCUAGACUGAUGCAUAGGGCUCGGGGCGACAGGACAUUAAGCGUGAAAGCUGGGUGCUUGAUUGGUUUAAGUAAAGAGCUCAUGAAGGACGCGGUUCAUAUCUGGUGUAAAGAAGCGGUAACCGAGAUUCCGGACGGAGUGGAAAGGUUCGAGGAGGAACCGGAUGGCGGGUCUCUGCAGUAA